UGUUUAAGUUGUCAAGAUGUGCUGUGAUCUAUUUUGCAACUGAAAAUAGUUGGGAUAAGGUUUGAUGUAGAUUACUGAAGUUCCGAGAUGAAGCCGAAGUCGCCAUCAAAAGCGAAGAUCCAAAUCGCAGGGUUUUCCAAUUCCAACAAUCCCAAAUUGAAGAAGGUCGUUAUAGUCUCUCUUUUGGUAAUACUGAUUUUAGGUUUAGUUACGGUAUAUUUAAUUAUCAAACAUCGCGUUUUAAUGUCUGAGAAAUCGAGCUCAUUUUUCACUGUUGUAUUGGACUGUGGAAGCACCGGAUCCAGAGUGAAUGUGUUUGAAUGGAUUGGAAAUGGGAGUGGGAAUUUACCUAUUUUAUUGCAUAGUUAUCCAGAAAAUAUGAAUGGGAGCAAUGGCUGCCAGUAUCACUGCUUUCAAACUGAGCCUGGUUUGCACAAUUUUGUCAAUGAUUCAAUCGGGGUUAGGGCUUCUUUGGUGCCAUUGAUCAGACAUGCAGAGCAAUGGGUACCUCUGGAGAGGCGUGGGGUGACACCUAUAUUCGUUUUAGCUACUGCCGGAAUGAGGAGGUUGAGGGCCGAGGCUGCACGUCGUGUUUUGGGUGAUGUCGAGAAUGUCGUUAAAGAGCACAGCUUCUUGCAUAGGAGUAGCUGGAUCAGGGUGUUGAGUGGGAAGGAAGAAGCCUAUUAUGGCUGGGUUGCUUUGAACUACAAAUUUGGGGGUUUUGGGAGCUCAUCAAGGUCGCCCUCGUUGGGGCUUCUUGAUUUAGGAGGCUCCUCGUUGCAGGUGGUGGCUGAAGGAGGUGUUCAAGUGGGAGAUGAGCAUGUUGUUAGAUCAAAGAUUGGGCCGGUUGAACAUGAUCUUGCAGCUUAUUCAUUACCAGCUUUUGGCCUGAAUGAAGCUUUUGAUAGGACAAUUGUUAUGCUUAGUCACACUGAGGCCCUCAGAGAAAGUGGUGGUGGCUUGUUUGAAGUGAGGCAUCCAUGCCUAGGUUCAGGUUUUGUCCAAAACUACACAUGUCGUGGCUGCUUAGGUGUCGAUUCUAGAGCCUCAAGGGAUUUGGAAGAGAAAGGGCUGAACAAUGUGUUCCUUGUUGGUGAACCAGAUUGGAAGAGGUGUGAGAUAGUUGCAAGGGCAGCUGCCAUCAAUUCAAGCAGUUUGGAGUGGCCAGAUCAGCUGAAUCAAUCAGAAUGCCGAGGCUUGUUUUCUUCUGGAGAGGGCACUGCAAAGCUUAACCUGACCAAAAUAUUACACGCGGUCUCAAGAUACCAUGCACUGUCUGGUUUUUUCGCUUUCCACAAUGUCUUAAACUUGAGUCGGAGGGCAAACCUAACCAUGAUGUCUGAGGCGGGGCAGAGGUUAUGCUCCAGACAGUGGUCUGGUGGGAACAACAUCAACGCGCAGAACUGUUUCCGAGUUCCUUACCUGACAUCACUUUUGGCAAACGCCCUUUGUCUGAGCAAUGUGGAGAUUAUAUUUGGACCCGGGGAUGUUUCUUGGACGCUAGGUGCUUCCCUCGUUGAAGGAGAUUUCCCGUGGCAUCGAGCAGAGAGUUCGAGAGAUGGUAAGUUCACGCUAAAAGACACGGUAGCGAGACCUUCAACUAUAUUGGUAUUUAUUUUACUGUCAUCGCUUCUGGUUAUUGUUUAUUGCUGCCAAAUCAAGCUGCCUAUGCCAGGAAGGAAGAAUGUUAGUUCUAGAACAUCAUUGCCCUCUUAUUUGUGUCCUAAACGUCAGCCUAAUUGACUGUUAGAGUGCAUCAUUCUUGAUUACAAGAUUCAAAUUCCAUCA